CACGGGGUCCAUUCAUGGCUAGCUGCUAUGGCGAUGGCGCCAUGAAGGCGCUAUGGCGCUUGCAGGGAGACGUAGGUAGGUGAUUGUGGUUCAGCCCAUGUUAUGAUUAAGAGUUGAAGUUGAAGAGUGCAGGUAAACACAAGUCGUGUGACUGCCCAGUUCGGUUGUCCACAAGGUUUGCUGUGUGCAACGUGAUCGAAACUUACAGUCCUACAGUUUACCACCCGCUCGAAGGGGUUAAAAAUUGCUGAGCAGAGAUUCAGUGCUAACUGCAAGCAAUGUUACUUCAAGGGGCAACCAGCAGAACAAUGCUGUCAAGCAGCAGUUUCAGAUCGAUUCCUGAUUCCAUGACGAAGACUUUUCCUCCUGGGUCAGGGUGUCCCUGUGUCUCCGCAUCUCCGUCCCAAUGACGGGCUUAGGUAAAAUCAAGGACUGGGAAGAAUUGGAAGGGUAAAGUGGCAGGCCUUCUUUCGUCUGAACUAGAGAUGGAGAGCCCAGGCACCCAGGUCAGUGGGGAGCCAUGCACCACGCCCGUUUCGCAGAUUUCACAGCCCAUGGUGGUCUCACAGGACCAGAAGCGGAUCACGAAGUACUUUCCCGUAACGAAGAAGAGGAAUAGAGUGCAUGUUCAGAAGCCAAGGGAGGGUGGGGAGAGAAGCAGCGGCAGGGGGCUAGUUGACAGGCCUGAAGGGACCCCCGCUGGCGAUGCCUUGCUGGGGACCGCUUUGUUUCUGACUGAGCAUGCCAAGGAGCUUGAGGUGCUGCCACCUGUGGACAUGGAUGACCCGUGGGAGGCAGAGCUGCUCCGGCUGGACCUGGACAGUAGCUUCUAUUCCCGUGAGGGCCGGCCAUGGAAGGAGGCGCCAAAGGAUGCCACCUGGCACGCGUCCCCCGACCUGGAGGGUCUGGACAAAACAGCUCUGGAGACUGCAUUCGGGAAGAACGCUUGGGGCAGGGCCCGGCACAGUGUCGAACUGCGGAGAGACGACGGGGGCCUGUUCAGGGUGCAAGUGGGUGAGGGGGUUCUGCUUCGAGGGGACUCAAGUCAAUUGAAAGAAGAGCCCGAAACGAUCGUGGUUGUCGAUGCGGUGCUCAGUGUGAACGAGAGUAGGAAGGGGUCAGUGAGGGGCGAUACCCGGGCCAGCGCGGAAGCCAGGGGAGAAGCGAGGCCGGCGGAGGCGAAUCCGGCCGUCUGGAUCAAGGGCCGGAAGCUUUUAAUGGUGGAGGAGACGAUUCUGAAGCCUCCCGAGAGGCCGGCUGGGGGCGACGCAGCGCAAGAACUAGAGUGGCCUGUGCAAGAGCGGUUCUUGGGGAUCCACACCACGGCCCUUUGGCGGGCAGAUCGGAUCAUGAAGAAGGUUGAAGUGCUCUGGGGAGAGCAAGCCCCGGAACCGUUGACGGGGGCUCCCCUGUUCUGUGAAGGAGAGGGGGAAGGGGCAACGAGGCCGCUGAUAGCGACAGCUGGCACAUCAGUUGUUUACGUCCCGUACAAGUACUGCAGCGAGACCCACGACUUCGUGGCUCUCGACAGGUCCCCUGAGCCGGUCCUGGAAACCUCCGCAACCCCCAGGGACCGUCAACGAAUCCAAGGGACGAAAUCAGCGGGCCAGCUGGAAGGCGCCACACAAAUCGCAAUUUCUCCGACUUUCUCUGCCCCCCGGAGCCCCGCGCCGUCGUGCCCUGAUUCUAGUUCCCCCUCGCCGGCUCCCUCGUCCAAAAGCCCCGCUUCUCCAGUUACGGAAUUCGUCGAACCGCUGCGGCUGACCUACGGGGCGUGGCCCCAAACUACCCCUGAAGCCUUGCCCCCGCUGCCGGCACCCCCAGUUCCAAAGUCCCCCAUCAUACUUAUCAACGCGGCAGCUCUACCCCCCUGGAGAAGGGAGGCAGCGCUUCGAUCGCCUCACCUGCUAACCAGCGCCCCAAGCUUUGCCCUGGAGUGGGCCUCCGAUCAGGCCCUGACACCACUCCAAACGCAACUGGGGCAUGCUCAAGCUGCUGUCACCUCUUCUAGCUCCGCGCCCCUCGAGCUCUCUCUCCGCCCUUCUGAUAGCAGCGGCGCUCCCCUUCAGUUGCCCGCCGCACCCUCUCCUGUGCACCCCCUACCCCCCCAGCUGCUGACUGCCCCAUCAGACACCAGAAGUGCCCAGAUGUGUACACCCCCGGAAAGUAUCUAUUUCAACGAGCCCCCGAGACUGCCCGCCCCCAAACCCAAAACGCCCCCAGGGGUGUUGCGUAACUUGGACCUUUGUGCGGGAACCGGGGCGCUCGGGUUAGGGUGUUCCUAUGCCAGUAUUGGCGGUGGACCUGGGGCCCAUAAGAUCGUGCCCACUUACGCUGUGGACACAGAGAAGGAUCCCCUCUCCACGUGCGUGAAGAACAUCCCGAAAAUCGGCGUGUUUAGAGAGAGCAUGGCCGACUUCUGUGAUCGCAUUACCAGUCGCAGAGACCCCAACGCGCCUGGCCCGGGCGACGUCGAGAUGAUCACCGCCGGCCUCCCUUGCCAGAGCUUCAGCGGAGCCAACCCCCGGAACAGCAAGACAUCAAUACGGCGGAACUCGACGUCCUCGGGGGAGGAUCCCGAGCCCCCAGUCGAGCCGGCGGAGGAGCUGCCGGCGGGCCGUAUGUUCUUCCAAGACUUUCUGCGGAUCGUCGAGUUUCUGCAACCACGAUACAUCAUCGUCGAGGAGGUCAUUGAGGUCCUGACGCUGCUUGAUAAGCGCUUGCAUGAACCCGUUGGGGUCGCCAUCACCCGCGCGCUGGUGCGGUUGGGCUACCAGACGAGGUGGCAGAUCCUGCUGGCGGCCCUGUUCGGCGCUCCGCAGAACCGGUUCCGCACCUUCUUGUGCGCAGCGCAGAUAGGAGAGAAGCUACCCCAAGUGGCCGUACCCACUCACCGCGCCUUUGGCCGGCCCACCAAACCCCUGGGGUUGUUUAAGCACUGCUUCCUCGAGCUGCCCGACCCGUCCGCUCCCCAAGCAGCCAAGAACCGCAAAACAGUGAAGGGAAAGAAGGCCCCCAAGAAGAAGCCCCAGAAGAAGAAGCCCAAAAUGGGCAUCCUUAUCACGAUGAAGGCCCCGAAGACAGGGGCAACUGGGGCAGACAAGAUUGCGUCCGUGGCAGAACAACCUCCGACGGAUGAGAACAGGUCCGCAAUGCCUGAGGCGACAGAGCUGCGGACAGUCCGGCUAAGUACCUCCCCUUCGGACGGGGCGGUGUUGGACACGGAGCGUUCUUCUCCGGACGGUGGGUUGCCAGAGAAUGCGUCCGCCAGUGCAGAAAACCGCGGCGGGAGCGGUAACAGGGCCUCCGGUGACGGGCCGGGCCCGAGCGUGCCUGUGAAAACGGGCGGUCUGCGGGGUACUGGGAACGGCACUACAACCGGGGGCGGAGUCGGGAGAUCCGCAACCGAGCAGCCCAGCGGGGCGCUCGAAGAUGCCGCGGGUGGCGACACAACCGGGGGAGCAGUCGGGGCGUUGGUAAUUGGGCAGCCCGGGGUGGGAGACGGAACUGGGGGGGCAAUCGGGAAUCUCGAAUUUGGGCAGCACAGCGGGGCGCUCAAAAAGAGUGGGAGCAGCGGCCUAACUGGGAUGGCAGUCGGAAAAUCAGCAUUUGGGCAGCCCGGCGGCGCAGUCGAAAACAUUAGGAGCAGCGGCCCCCUCGGAAAGCUAGUCGGGAAACCGGUGCUUGGGCAGCCCAGCGGGGCGCUCAAGCGGAAGCGAUCCGAGGAGCAGGCGCCGGAGCCGCACCCCGCGGCUUUCUUCCGGACGCGAGAAGGUUACGCGGUGGUGAACAAACGGCCACCGGAUCUGACGGGCUCGGAGGGGGACUGGCGGACAAUCGGGUGUAGCUGCUGUUUGCAGCGGCAGCGGGCGGCGGAGACUCCAGAUCUGCUGCCGGCAGUGACGGUGUACCAGGCAAUUGGGCACCUGCCGAAAGGGGCGACGGCAGAGAGGAUGAGAUUGCCCGGUGGCUCCUUCCUUUUCAACCACAAGGUGUUUCACGUGGACCCGGGAAGGUCGAAACGGCAUGCGCAGUGGGAUCAGCUGGGCCCUGGGCAGAAGGACAAAGACCUCCCGAAAGACCUCCAGAGCCACGGGGCUAGGGAUCGGGGGAAAGAGCCGACAAAGCCGAGGGGCGGGGUGAAGGGCCGGUUGCCUCGGGACGGCCAGUCUGCAACCGUAGUAUGCACCGCCAAUGACACCAACUGGGCGUGCGUUCAUUACACCUAUAACCGGUUAGCUAGCCCCCGCGAGAACGCUUUGCUGCAAACCUUCCCCGAGAAUUUCAAGUUUGCGGCCGCUGGUACUUCUGACGACCAGAUUGAGAGCUGUUAUAGACAAGUGGGCAACGCCGUGCCCAUGGUCGUGAGUGCGGCGUUAGGCAGGACAAUCCUUGCGAGCCUAAGUUAAGCCGCUGUUCGCCUUAGAAGUUCCGACCAUAUUGGAGGAGCAUAUGUGUCUGCUAACCGUCGUCGGUAGCCUGCGUAUCAAUCGUGCUACAGGUGGGUCUGUGUUUGAGUAGACACUAAGAACUUAAAUUACUGUAUCAAGCGGUUUCACCAACUUGGGCCCAGGCGUUUCCUGGCAAGUCAAAUGUUUAAGCCAGC